AUGUCCGACGCCGAUUUCGAAGCCGUGACCAAGCGUCAGCGCGAGCGCAAUGCCUCGGCCGCAGCAAAGAAGAGCUCGCGUGGCUCCGACUUCUCGACUCAGCGCUCCGACGCAACACGCCAGAAGCUCACCGACAGUGCUGACAAUGAGCUCUACGAACGAGAUGGCGGUGAGAAGUUUUCAGGCUACCACACGUCUCUUCCCAUGGGCGACGAUGACGACGACGACGAUGCGGGUCAAGACAAGACUCGCCGCUUGGUCGGGCAAUACACUGCCUCCCGCGAAAUGAUCGACGAGUUUGCUCGAGGGGAUGGCGUUGAGGAAGACGAUAUUCUGGCCGACCGGGGAGAAAAGAGCGGUCGCAUCAUCGACCGCGAGACGGACUACCAGAAGCGCCGCUUCAACCGCGUCCUAACGCCAACCAGGGCCGACCCCUUCGCCAAGAAUCGACAGGCGGGCGCGGCCGAAAAUGGCACGACAUACCGGGAAAUCAUGCAGGGCCAAGAGCUCGAGAGAGAAGAGGAGCGCAAUCCGGACAAGGAGAACGCCGAAGCUGGCUCCACAGUUGCAGUGACUGCUGGCCGCAAACGCAAGAAGAGAUGGGACAUCUCCUCGGAACCAAGUGACAGCCAGGCACAGCCCGAGUCCGCCGUCAGCGCACAGUCGAAGCGGUCCAGAUGGGACGAGGCUCCCUCUGUGCAGGGCCUUGCCGGGUCCGAGGCUGCCAAGCAGCGCUCUCGUUGGGAUCAAGCGCCAUCUGCGACGCCCAUGGGCAACCAAGGGCUCGCAACUCCCGCGCAGCCAACAAAAAUGCCGGCAAUGCCAACGGCUGUUUUCGGUACCGAAGUGGGACGCAACAUGCCGCUCAGCGACGAGGAGCUAGACCUGCUCUUGCCAGGAGAAGAUCAGGGCUACAAAGUUCUCGAGUUUCCGCCUGGAUUCGUGCAAGCCCGCGCGCCGGCUCACAGGAUCAUGGCCACGCCAGCUCCCCAGACGGGGUUUAUGAUGCAAGACCCUGAACAAACCCGGCUGGGCGGCCAACCGAUGCCGGCAGAGAUCUCGGGCGUCGGUGACUUGCAGUUUCUCAAGCCCGAGGACAUGACAUACUUUGGAAAGCUCAAUGACGGCACCGAGGAGAGUAGCUUGUCGGUGGACGAGCUAAAGGAGAGGAAGAUCAUGAAGCUGUUGCUCAAGAUCAAGAACGGAACCCCGCCUAUGCGCAAGACUGCUCUUCGUCAGAUUACGGACAAUGCGCGGCAAUUCGGACCAGGGCCUCUGUUCGCGCAGAUCCUCCCUCUGCUCAUGGAGAAGACGCUCGAGGAACAGGAACGCCAUCUCCUGGUCAAGGUCAUUGACCGUAUCCUCUACAAACUCGACGAUUUGGUGCGCCCCUAUGUGCACAAGAUCCUCGUCGUCAUUGAGCCGCUGCUCAUUGACCAAGACUACUACGCCAGAGUGGAAGGCCGUGAAAUCAUCUCAAACGUUGCCAAAGCCGCGGGCCUCGCAACCAUGAUUAGUGUCAUGCGGCCGGACAUUGACCAUGUGGACGAUUACGUGCGGAAUACGACGGCGAGGGCAUUCUCGGUCGUGGCAUCUGCCCUUUCUAUUCCCGCAAUGCUGCCGUUUCUGAGAGCAGUCUGCCGGAGCAAGAAGUCGUGGCACGCCAGGCACACCGGAGUUAAGAUUGUACAGCAGAUUGCCAUCCUCAUGGGAUGCGCCGUCUUGCCUCACCUCAAGGGCUUGGUCGACUGCAUCGCGCCGAACCUCAGCGACGAUCAGACCAAGAUCAGAACAGUGACCAGUCUCGCCAUAGCUGCGUUGGCUGAGGCGUCCAACCCCUACGGUAUCGAGAGCUUCGACGAGAUCCUGAACCCUCUCUGGACCGGUGCGCGCAAGCAGCGAGGCAAGGGACUCGCCGCGUACCUCAAGGCUGUUGGAUACAUCAUUCCCCUGAUGGAUGAGGAAUAUGCCAACUAUUACACGACCCAGAUCAUGGAGAUUGUGUUGCGCGAGUUUUCUUCGCCCGACGAAGAAAUGAAAAAGGUCGUGCUCAAGGUGGUUUCUCAGUGCGCCGCUACCAAGGGCGUAAGCAGCGAUUAUCUCAAGGAGCACGUCCUCGACGAAUUUUUCAAAAACUUUUGGGUGAAGCGGAUGGCCCUGGACAAGCGCAACUACAAGCAGGUGGUGGAAACGACGGUUGACGUCGGGCAAAAGGUGGGCGUCGGCGAGAUUCUUAACAGGAUCGUCGACAACCUCAAGGACGAAAGCGAAGCCUACCGCAAGAUGACGGUAGAAACGACCGAGAAGGUGGUCACAAGCCUGGGAGCUGCCGACAUCGACAAGCGACUGGAGGAGCUCCUGAUGGAUGGUAUCCUGUACACGUUCCAGGAGCAGAGCGUCGAGGACCUUGUGAUUCUCAACGGCUUUGGCUCCGUGGUCAACGCCCUGGGAGAUCGCUGCGUCGACUAUCUGCCGCAGAUCACGAGCACCAUCCUGUGGCGCCUGAACAACAAGUCGCCCACGGUUCGCCAGCAGGCGGCCGAUCUCAUUUCCCGGAUCGCCAUGGUGAUGAAGCAGUGUGGCGAGGACGAACUCAUGGGCAAACUUGGCGUCGUGCUGUACGAGUAUCUGGGUGAAGAGUACCCCGAGGUGCUGGGCUCGAUCCUGGGGGCCCUCCGCUCCAUUGUCACCGUCGUGGGCAUCGCGCAGAUGCAGCCGCCCAUCAAGGACCUUUUGCCUCGCCUGACGCCCAUCCUCCGCAACCGCCACGAGAAGGUGCAGGAGAACACGAUUGACCUGGUGGGCCGUGUGGCGGACCGCGGCCCGGAGUGUGUCAAUGCUCGCGAGUGGAUGCGAAUCUGCUUCGAGCUGCUCGACAUGCUCAAGGCGCACAAGAAGGGCAUCCGACGAGCGGCCAAUAACACGUUUGGCUUCAUCGCAAAGGCCAUUGGCCCGCAGGACGUACUGGCAACGCUGCUGAGCAACCUCCGGGUGCAAGAACGGCAGUCUCGAGUCAACACGGCCGUGGCGAUUGGCAUCGUGGCCGAGACUUGCGCGCCAUUCACCGUCUUGCCCGCGCUGAUGAACGAGUAUCGCGUGCCGGAGCUCAACGUGCAGAACGGCGUGCUCAAGGCCCUCUCGUUCCUCUUCGAAUACAUCGGCGAGAUGGGCAAGGACUACGUCUACGCAGUCACACCGCUCCUGGAGGACGCCCUCAUCGACCGCGACCAGGUGCACCGUCAGACAGCGGCGUCGGUGGUCAAGCACAUUGCGCUCGGGGUUAUAGGGCUGGGGUGUGAGGACGCCAUGGUCCAUCUGCUCAACCUGCUGUACCCCAACCUGUUUGAGACGAGCCCGCACGUCAUCGACCGCAUCAUCGAGGCGAUUGAGGCCAUCCGUAUGGCGGUGGGCCCUGGCGUUGUGCUCAACUACGUUUGGGCCGGCCUGUUCCAUCCGGCUAGAAAGGUGCGGACACCAUACUGGCGACUGUACAACGAUGCCUAUGUCCAGGGGGCGGAUGCCCUGGUGCCAUACUACCCCAACCUCAGCGAAAACAGCCUGGACAGGCCGGAGCUGGCCAUUGUCCUGUGA